CAGCAGCACUCUGUACUAGCCACGAUGUCGACAACUUUCUGGAGCGCAGUAGGCUCUGUAACCAUGUUCGGAAUGGCCGCCAUUGUUGUGGCCACUACGGUGGCAACGAUGUCGAGUCGUCACAUGGACAAAGAUGAACCUCUCUCGCUCAGGAACUGGACCGAUGAGGGGGGUGAUGCCUGGUGGUGGUUCCCAACAAUCUAUGUCGCGUUGGGUGUCGAGGCUGAUGCACCAUGA